GGGAGAGAGAGGAGAAGGGGAGAGCGAAAAUGAGAGCUGCGUACUACGCACAGCGCGCCAUUUAGAACUGCAUGUGAUUAACGUCCUGCUUUUCGUUUCACCUUUCCUUCUUCGUCAGUCUUCUAACUUCAUAGAUUAGAGAGAGAGAGAGAGAGAGAGAGAGAGAGAGAGAGAGAUCAAACGAAAAUUCAUAAGCUUUCAAGUUCAAAAGGGGAGAGAGAGAGAGAGAGAGAGAGAGAGAUUUCCUGCUUCUCUAAUGAAAUCUUCAAUGUAGAGAGAGAGAUAGAGAGCUCAUUAGCUCUUGGUUUCCGAACAAUCUAGGGCUUUUUUUAGAAUCUAUAUCUUGAUCUGAAUAGAGAUGCUCUGUUGUUCAACACCGAGAUGGGCACCCUUUAGAUCGUGGCUUCGUGACUACGACAAGAUUCAGUGGGUCGCCGUUCUGUUCAUCUACAUCCAGAUUGCCUGUGCUUUGGUCGGAUCUCUCGGAGCAUUAUAUAAUGGCGUGUUGCUUAUCAAUUUGGUGGUGGCACUCUUUGCGCUCAUCGCAAUCGAGAGUAAUAGCCAAAGCCUUGGGCGGACCUACGCUGUUCUUCUUGCUUGUGCAAUCCUGCUUGAUGUCGCAUGGUUCAUUCUAUUCUCACACGCAAUAUGGAACAUUUCUUCUGAUAAGUAUGGACCUUUUGUCAUCUUCUCAGUGAGGCUCGCUCUAUGGAUGCAAAUUAUUGGGUUUUCAGUGAGGUCGCUGUCCUCAUUGUUGUGGAUUCAGAUGUACAGACUGGGGGUUUCAUCCGUAGAGAGUACAUCCUACCAGGAAGUAGAUUUCGACCUAAGGAAUAGUUUUUUGAACCCUUCAAAUCCUGGUUUAGCAAGACAGAACUCUGUUUCCGAUGAGAUAUUAGGAGGUUCUAUCUAUGAUCCAGCUUAUUACUCCUCUCUUUUUGAAGAUCCUAAAGAUAAUGGUUAUGCCAAUGCGCAUGACGGGGGAAGCGUUAGUGAUGAUGGUGGGACUACAUCUGCUGCUGAAUCCUCGCAGCUCAAAUCAUGCAUUAGCAGAUCUUUUCAGGUUAUUUGCGAUGGUAGUGCAGUAAGGAAGCCCCAGACCUCUUGAUUUGGAUUACAUUGACUGUCUGCUUCUGUUCAGCAUCCAUUCCAUCUUGGCCCUUUGCAAUUUUUUUUUUCUCAAACAGGGCCUUGCAAUGUACAGAAGUGGACUUUGUACAGUUACCCAAUUUUUAGCCAUUCUUUUUUCAUGAUCAUAGGUAUCCCUUUAGAACGAUAACCCACAGCUCCUGCUUGUUAUUUUUGAGGAUGAUGCCAUAUCUUGAAAUUUCUGAAAUUGAGGGAAUGUCGAAGCAGCAUUGCUGGGUUUUUUUUUUUUUUUUUUGUAAUACAGUUCUGCAAUUUCGGUCUGAAUCAGCUUGGGCAUGUUUGGAUGCACCACUGAAUUAAAUUGCAAUUAUUGUUCUAAUAAAGUAGAGAUAACCAAACACCAUUCAUCUUUUGGGGGUCUAGGUUUCCAAUUGCAACUAUGUUACUUGGAAUUUGGAUUUGAAAGAAAGGUAUUUGCAAAUUGACAGCUGUGUCGUUAUGAAUAUAUCAUGCAACACCUUUUUUUUGGAUAUUUCCUACUGAAUGCUUGCAAUCCAAUUCAUUGGCACAUCCAAACACAACUAAAAACAAAUUGUGCAUCAUAGCUGUAGCUUGGGCCAUGUUACCCCUCUAUUUUUAGUUUUACCCUGCAUUGCUCACUCCCUUCAGACAGUGCUUUGCCACAACAACCUUUUAUUAGUAGCUCUGUAAGAGAGGUGUAUGCGCUACUAUGUUUUAAAUGGCAUUUAUGAUAGUUGAAUUCCUUGAACUUUGAUCA